AUGGCCUCUGGACAAAAUAGCGCCCCUCCCAGGGUUCGAGUUGGUAUCAUUGGGUGUGGUGAAAUCGCCCAAGUAGCUCAUAUCCCGACUCUCAACUUUCUGUCUCAUUUAUUCAAAAUCACAUACUUAUGCGACGUCUCACGCGACUCCCUGACACACUGCCAAACCAAGGUCGUUGGUGGAAUACCGCAGGCCACACUUAGUCCUGACGAGCUAUGCGCAUCCCCAAAUGUGGAUGUGGUGAUGGUCCUCAGCAGUGACGAGUACCACGCGGAGCACGGAAUUCUCGCCCUCACCCACAACAAGAACGUGUUUAUUGAGAAGCCUCUGGCCUUGAGCGACAAAGAUACAGACGCUAUCAUCGAGGCCGAGAAGAAUUCAAACGGUCAAGCCAUGGUUGGCUAUAUGCGUCGCUAUGCGCCCAUCGUCAAAGACAUGGUAAGCGAGAUUGGAGACAACCCAAUCCUUUACGCUAGAGUAAGGGAUAUUAUCGGGCCCAACUCUGCAUUUGUUGAACAGUCUGGGACUUUUCCGAAACGCGCAACGGAUUUCAGCACGGCAGACACUGAGGACCGGAAUAAGAAAGCUACCGACAUUCUGAAGCAAGGAUUCGAGAAAGAAGCUGGGAUCUUGCCAGACGACAACGUUGAAUCUCGCAUGUGGAGAGCACUGGGUGGUCUGGGGUCUCAUGAUCUCAGCUUGAUGCGUGAAGUAUUAGGAAUGCCAGUUGAGGUCAUCGGAGCGCAUCUUCAGACACCAUUCUGGAGUGCACUCUUCAGGUAUCCAUCUUUCACCGUCAUGUAUGAGUCAGGAUUGGAUUCAAUACCUCGAUUCGACGCUCACUUGGAGGUCUAUACUGCCAAGAAGACGGUUCGACUUCAAUACGAUACUCCCUACGUCAAGGGGUUGCCAAUCACAAUGCAUGUGGCGGAAAAUGUAGACGGGGUUUUCCAGAAACGCACUAUUCGGCGAACUUAUGAGGAUCCAUAUACUGUAGAGCUAAAAGAGCUUCAUGCCGUUGUUACGGGAGAGAAACCGGUCAAGACAACCGCAGUAGAUGCUAAACAGGAUUUGGAAAUUUUCCGCAUGUUAGUCAGAGCUGCAGCUAGGAAGGAUUGA